CGUGUCCAGCCGGGCGGAGCGGGCGGCGGCGGCGGAGCGCGGACCGGCCGCCCCCUCGCCCCGUUACUACGAGCCCGCCGGCUGCGGCUCCGCCCCGUGGCCUCCGGGCCCUGCCAGGGGGUGGGGGAAGCGCCUCGCCGAGCACCGCCCCCCUCGGCUCGGCUCCCCUCCCCUCCGGCGCGGCGCCCCGGCCCCGGCGGGGACUAUGCGGAGAUGGUCGUCCCGAGCCGAGGCAGGAACAAAGAGUCGCCGCCGCUCAAGCCCGGGCAGCAGCAGCAGCACCAGCAGCAGUCGCCGGGCGCCAGCCCCAGCCGCGGCCGCCGGCCGCACUCGCCCGGCAGGCAGGUCUCCGGCGGGGCCCGCGCCAUGCGGAAGGGAGGCGGCGGCCGGCGGGGAACCAGGGGCGACCCCCGGGGACCCUACCGGGAGGGGCCCGCGGCGGACGGGGAGCGGGACGUGCUGGGCCGCGGCCCCUUGAGUCUCCUGCGCGUCUGCGGAGACCGGCUCCGAGUAUUUGUUGUCGACAGAAAGGCCUUCAUCACAAAAGCUGAUGGCAAGAUAUGGCUCACGUUCCUUCUGGCUGUUUUUGCAGGAGUCCUGCAUUGGUGUCACAUAACAACUCUUUUUGAAAAUGACCGUCAUUUUUCUCACCUGUCGACACUAGAAAGAGAAAUGGCUUUUCGCACGGAAAUGGGUCUUUAUUAUUCCUACUUCAAGAUCAUUAUUGAGGCACCAUCAUUUUGGAGUGGAGUAUGCGCAGUUAUGAAUGACAAACUGACUGAAUAUCCUUUAGUGAUUAACACCUUACAAAGGUUCAAUCUUUACCCAGAGGUGGUCCUUGCCAGCUGGUACCGCAUAUAUACCACCAUUAUGGAUUUCCUUGGUGUACCAACAAAGACGUGUUGGACUGUAAACAGAGGAAAAGGGCUCAGUCCUGUUGAAAGCUGUGAAGGGUUGGGAGACCCUGCUUCCUUUUAUGUUGCUGUGAUUUUUCUGUUGAAUGGAUUCAUGAUGUCACUGUUCUUCUUAUACGGUACAUACCUCAGUGGGAGUCGUCUAGGAGGCCUUGUUACUGUGUUGUGUUUCUUUUUCAAUCAUGGAGAGUGCACUCGUGUCAUGUGGACUCCACCUCUUCGUGAAAGUUUCUCGUAUCCAUUCCUUGUGAUGCAGAUGUUGCUUUUGACCUAUAUUCUCAGGAUUCCGAAUAUUAAUACAGGAAGCUUGAUUGCACUGUGUGUUUCUAAUAUCUUUUUCAUGCUUCCCUGGCAGUUUGCUCAGUUUGUUCUUCUAACUCAGAUAGCUUCAUUGUUUGCAGUGUGUAUUAUGGGUUAUAUUGACUCCAGCAAAUUACAGAAGAUACUGUCUGCUCAUAUGGUAUCUCUUCUGGUGUGUUUUAUUCUGAUGUUUGGUAAUUCGAUGUUACUGACAUCAUAUUAUGCUGCAUCUUUAGUAGUUAUCUCGGGAAUUCUUGAAUUGAGUCCAAAAGUUUUGAAAAGGCGCAAAAGAGAAGUCUAUGUAUGGGUCAUUGAAGGAUGUGCCUGGUUAUUUGGGACAGUCACCUUGAAAUACCUGACUUCCCUUGUGUUUGGAAUAGCUGAUGAUGCUCAUAUAGGAAAUAUAUUGAAGUCUAAAUUUAUUGGCUACAAGGAUUUUGAUACGUUAAUGUACACCUGCGCUGCCGAGUUUGACUUCAUGGAAAAAGAGACACCAGUAAGAUACACAAAGACUCUGCUAUUACCGGUUGUUCUGGUGGUUUUUGGGGUAAUCAUCAAAAGGGCAAUUAAAUAUAUUCUGUGGUCCUUAUCACACACAGGCCGAAACGAAAAAGAAGAACGUUUUAACCAUGGUGAGCUGGUAUUCCAUGCAUUGCAGCUGUUGGCAUACAGUGUCCUAGCGAUUUUAAUCAUGAGACUAAAACUGUUUUUAACCCCACAUUUGUGUAUUAUGGCCUCCUUGGUGUGCUCAAAACAGUUGUUUGGAUGGCUCUUCUAUAAAAUCCAGCCCAAAACAUUGGUCUUUGCUAUUUUAGCAUUGAUGACAAUAGAGGGAUCUGCAAACCUUCGAACUCAGUGGAACAUCAUGGGAGAAUUUAGCAAUUUGCCACAGGAAGAACUUUUAGAGUGGAUAAAAGUCAAUACCAGACAAGAUGCAGUUUUUGCAGGAGCAAUGCCUACAAUGGCAAGUGUUAAAUUGUCUACACUUCGUCCAAUUGUAAAUCAUCCUCACUAUGAAGAUGCAGGAUUAAGGGCCAGAACUAAAGUAGUGUAUUCCAUGUACAGUCGAAAACCUGCAAGCCAAGUAAAAAGAGAUUUGAUAAAACUAGGAGUGAAUUACUACAUCCUUGAAGAGUCAUUGUGUGUAAGCAGAAAAAAGCCUGGCUGCAGUAUGCCUGAAAUUUGGGAUGUCGAAGAUCCUGCUAAUAGAGGAAAAAUUCCUUUAUGUACCCUUAUGAGCAAGGAUUCCAGGCCAUAUUUCAUCACAGUAUUUGAAAAUAGCAAUUACAGAGUCUUGAAGAUUCCAAAGGAAUAACAUUUCAAUGCAAUGAAGCAUCAGUCUUUCAAAUGUUUAAACUAGUAACUGUAAGAAUUUGAAGUCAGAAAUACCUUUUUUACUAGACUUAAAAUGGAAAAAUAUGUAUUUUAUUUUUUACCAUUUUAAGUGAAUUCUGAUUAUAGAAAUAUCUUAAACCUAACAGUUUGGAUUUCUAUUUCAGGGUCAGUCCCUUGAGAUUUGCUAUGCAAAUGAUUAUAUGUUUGCACAUUUUAUUUAACACUGAUCCAAAACGAGCUAAAAGUAGCUAUGGGAAAGUUCAUAGGUGGACUUGAAACUUCAUUUUUUGGUGCAUGUUAUUGGAAUCCUAUUGAUAUUAAAAAAAGAAGACUAAUAAGGAUAAUAUUUGCAGUAAGCAAUAGUUUAGCUUCUCAGUGUCCAAGGGUUUUUAGCAUUCUUAUGCAUUCAGAAUAAGCUGGCAUAAUAUACAUGAAAUUUUUAAGGGAAAAUGCUUUAUUCAGGAAAAAUCUGUCAUAGCCUUAGAAAGAUACUAAAAUAAAUCCUUCACUGCCUUAACUAGACCUUCAGCGCCUAACUUGAUAAGAAAUUACUUUCAAAAUUUAAUGCCCUUUUUCCGUUCCCCAUAUAUUAGAUCCUGGACUUUUUCAUCAGCAUUACAGAAAAAUGAAAUGUAUCCCAGUCGUGCUAUGGGUGUAGUCAGUUGUGUGGGUAUAAUUGCUCCAGCACUAUUAGACUGGUUCUGCUGUUUUUCUGUCAUCUUGGUGUCACACCAGUAUUAUAACUAGAUAAUAGAGAACUCUCUUUCCGAGAUACCCAGUGCAAAAACACCCUUUAGUAGUUUAACUGACUUGGUAGAGUUUUGUAUGUUUAUUGCCAUUGGGAGCUAUCACAGUAAUUGUGGUUCUACAGCAUCAUAAGACGUGUAAGGUCUGAUGUUUCGCCGUGUGUCAUUCAUGGUUUGGAUUUGUUUCAAUUCCGGUUUUUUGUUCACAUCAGUCAAUUGCUGUGACUGGUCUUUCUAGCCCUAAUAGCAUCUGAUGAUUGAUCCUGGAUGUUAUAGGGACACCAUCCAUCACGCCUGUAACAGUGUCAGUUAAAUGGGAACCUGUGAUAAAGUAGUAGUAUAACAACUGAUCAGUAUUCUAAAACGUCUUAUUUUUUUAUAAUCUGUUUUAUUGAGAGAGUGAGGCAGAAUGGCUGAAAACGCAUUAGCUUUUUAACUUUUACAGAAUAGAUUUUGGAAAAAUUUCUAUAAGGAAACUCACAAAAAAAGGGCUUUUGGGAAGUCACUUUUUAAAAUGUUAAUUGAAUUCAAGGAAGCAGGAAAAAAGUCUUUAUAUAAACAUUGUGACUAGCGUUUCGGCACAAAAAGGUACUGUAUUUUUAUGAAGUUUAUGCCAACUGUUGACAUGUACUUAACGUGGUUAAAUAAAAAAGAGAAAGAUGGAAA